GCGGCAAAGGUCACCAGUGUUACUAACAACAGUCUCUCGAGGUUUCGAUCUCAUGUUGGCCGCUCUACGCUCCCGAUCAUCGUCCCCGCUGCUCCGUCAACAAUGGAGGCUAGGGUUUCCGUCUCUGCACCAAUCCUUCUCCACCUCCGCCGCAGAAGGCCUGCUUGACCUCCACGAGGUCGAGACGGUUCUCAGCGACGUCAAGGCCGACGACGUCAGGGUCAUACCGGCCAACAAGCACAGCGAGUGGGCCGAUUUCAUGGUCCUCGCCACCGGGAGGUCCACCUGGCACGUCAAGAACAUCGCCCAAGCCCUAAUUUACAAGUCUAAGCAAAAGCAGAAAGGAGCUCAGCGGUUGGUGCUUCCCACUGUUGAAGGGCAAGAGGGAGGAAAGUGGAUUGUCAUUGACUCUGGGAAAGUGAUAAUUCAUGCUCUUGAUGAGAAUGCCAGAGCUUACUACAAUUUGGAGACACUUUGGACUGCAAAGCCAACUGAGAAAGAACCAAUUCAGGAUUUGGAGAAGGCUUUUGUGAAGGUUCGUCCCAAAAAUAACUCUAAGAGGAAACCGACACGGCAAAGUGCUUAAUUUGGGAUGGGUUACUUCCAACCUUUGUCAUGUGAUGGUUAUAUGGAACGUUUGUUCAACAGCAUAAGUAAAAAAUCCAAGUUCUUGGUCUAAGGGUAGAUGAACUGGAAGUAGUAGCGAGGCCGAAGUUUAAGAAAGAGUGUUGGCAAGGAAUCAGUUCAGUUCAGGUCACCCUAAUCAGUCCAAGUGUUGUCGAUGAUAUAGGGAAGCGUCGAUGCCACUAUCCAUUAUCAUGUCUUUUCUUUGUUAACAUUGUUCAUUGUUGUCCGGGAUUAGCUAUGCAAUGUUGAAAGUUGUAUAUGAGAUUUAUCAAAGUCGUCAUUUCCUGGGAUUAUCGUGUCUCUU